UCUCUCGCUACACAUGGCUCGUCGUCGUUUCAGCUACGCGUGGGGGCCUUCUCUCUAACACUUUCAAGUUUCUUCGAAAUCAAGUAUCCGAAACUUAAUGUCUCUCUCUCGCUACACAUGGCUCGUCGUCGUUUCAGCUACGCGUGGGGGCCUUCUCUCUAACACUUUCAAGUUUCUUCGAAAUCAAGUAUCCGAAACUUAAUGUCUCUCUCUCGCUACACAUGGCUCGUCGUCGUUUCAGCUACGCGUGGGGGCCUUCUCUCUAACACUUUCAAGUUUCUUCGAAAUCAAGUAUCCGAAACUUAAUGUCUCUCUCUCGCUACACAUGGCUCGUCGUCGUUUCAGCUACGCGUGGGGGCCUUCUCUCUAACACUUUCAAGUUUCUUCGAAAUCAAGUAUCCGAAACUUCCAGAUACACGCUAACUAUCCCAGAAAAGAGAACAAAGAAAUCUCCUGUUUCCCUUUUUUUGUUAAUUCUCUUCUUCCGAUUUGGUCUUCACUUUUAUACCCAAAUCAAAUCGAUUGAUUUCAUUUGAAGAUUAGUAAAGUUCACUGGGUUCUUUGUUUGAUGUUCUAAGAAGGGCUCUGUUGUUUCCAAGAUGGGCAGUAGUUGUUUGGCUUGUUUUGAUAAGUCAAAAGCAACAACAACUGUAGAUGUGCCUUUGAAUGGCUCGAAAGAUGUGUUAGUAGAAGAAGAUUGGAGUGAACUGAGGAACCCUAGUGUAGCUUCUGAAGAUUUCUGGACAAACACCACUUUAGAUAUGGAAAGCAAUGCUUUGGGAAGUGUUUCUUCGAUUAGUACAACGAAUCUGACUGUUGAUUCUCAAGGAUGUGGUUCUAGCUCUAAUGAACCUGCUGAGUUUGUUAACCAUGGUCUUGUUCAAUGGAAUCAAACUCGGCAGCAAUGGUUGGGGGAUAAAAGAUCCAAGAACCGCAAAAGAGUUGUUCAAGAACCGAUACUGAAUGAGAAUGUGACUUAUGAGAGUCUACUUGGGAGCAACAAGCGGUUUCCUCGGCCUAUACCUCUCGAUGAAAUGGUACAGUUUCUGGUUGAAGUUUGGGAAGAAGAGGGUCUAUACGGCUGAAAGAUACAUGUUCACAUUCAUGUUGGACAAAACCUCUCUUUUGUACUUGUUACUUAUAACACAAAUUCAGAUUCUUUGUCUAUAAAACUGAAGAAUUUGUAAAGAAAGCUGAUGGAGACAUUAUAUAACCAAAACAGAGUUUGGUUACACUA